AUGGGCCUGUGGUACACUGCGAACGGGUUCGGUAUUGCUCUUGGUGGCCUCCUUGGCUUCGGCAUCGGUCACAUCCGUGGUGCUCUUGCGUCCUGGAAAUACGAGUUCUUGAUUAUCGGAGCUUUGUGUUGCAUAUGGGGUAUUGUCAUGUACAUCUUUCUGCCCGAUUCGCCUAUCACGGCCAAGGGACUGUCAAUGAGAGAGAGGCGUAUCGCCGUUGAAAGACUGAGAGAGAAUCAAACCGGUGUUGAGAAUAAGCACUUUAAGUGGUAUCAGGUCCGAGAGCUAUUCAUGGACAUCAAGCUGUACCUUUUCUUCCUGUUGGGAGUUGUUGGGAACGUCCCGAAUGGCGGCAUCAGUAAUUUUGGCACCAUCAUCAUCAAAGGCUUCGGCUUCAGUACACUGGUCACCACGCUCAUGCAGAUACCGUACGGCCUUAUCAUCGCCAUCUCGAUCCUGAGCUGUGUCUUUCUCAACGACUACAUGUCCAGGAAAGGCCGACAGACUCGAUGCUGGUUCAUCUUGCUGUACCUUUGCCCCAACAUCGCCGGAGCAUUCGGGUUGCGCUUUCUCGCAGCCGACAACAAGGCCGGACGUCUGGUGUCCUACUAUCUGACUGGUCCUUAUAAUGCUGCUUUCGUCAUGAUAUUGUCCAUGACGACUGCAAAUACAGCAGGUCAUAGCAAGAAAGUGGUCCAGAAUGCCUGCUUAUUCCUUGGCUAUUGCACGGGCAAUAUCAUCGGUCCCUUCUUCUACAAGACUGAACAAGCACCGGAGUAUCCACUCGGGAUCUGGAGUAUGAUCGUGUCGCAUCUCAUCGAGGUUGUUCUGGUCCUCGUACUACGCUUCCACCUGGCGAGGGAGAAUAAGCGACGCGACAAGAUCCAGAGCCAGAUGGAAGGCGGUCUAGAAGGAAGAGAUCUCGACGCUACUGCCUUUAGUGAUAUGACUGAUCGCGAGAACCUAAACUUCCGUUACAUAUAUUGA